AUGAGUCAAUUACUUACUCCCAGACAAGCGGGAGAACUUCUAACUCUCAGUAGCCACAAAGCCAUUAUCGCUUAUUUAUCAUCGAUCAACGUGAAAAGCACAAAUAUCUUACAAGAUGAACUGUUCAUCGAUGGAACUUUCGACGAUGCAACUCGCAAGAAAUACGAGGGGCUCUUAGAGCGCAAAUGGACAUCGACCAUGCGCUUAACCAGGCGGCUACAAGAGCUGGAAGCCACAAAUUCAAAGCUAGAGACUCAACUACAAUCUGCUGUGACUGUCAGGUCUCAUCAUGAUUCUACGAACUGGCUACCAGAUGCCCAGCCAAGUCAUACACUCCAAUCUCACCGAGAAGGUAUUACAUGUAUGGCUUUCCACCCAGUCUAUUCAUCUCUGGCAUCUGGAUCUGAAGACUGUACCAUCAAGGUCUGGGACUGGGAGUAUGGCCAGCUAGAGCGGACGCUCAAGGGUCACAGGCGACCUGUUCUGGGAUUGGACUAUGGAGGCCCGAAAGAUCAGAUACGGCUUGCGUCUUGCUCGAGUGAUCUUACUAUUAAGAUAUGGGAUCCGAGUAAUGAGUAUGCUAAUGUUCGCACGCUGUGUGGGCACGAUCAUUCUGUUUCGGCUGUACGCUUCUUGACACCAAAUGGGAACUUGUUGGUUUCAGUCAGUCGGGAUGCAUCAAUUCGCAUUUGGGAUAUAUUGACAGGUUAUUGCGUCAGGACGAUAGACUCUCAGGAUGAGUGGAUUAGAGACAUUGCACCAUCUUUAGAUGGACGCUUUUGCGUCGCUGUGGGCGACGCCCAAACGGGUACCAUUUGGGAUUACUCGUCGGGGGACACCGUGGCACGGUUAUUGGGACACGAAAACAAGAUUGAGUGCUGUGUUGUUGCGCCCAUUGCAAGUCAUGAGUAUCUUGCUGCUCUGGGGCCGAAUAAAUCACAAGAAAAAGGGCUGUUUGUUGCAACUGGGUCAAGGGACAGCACUAUCAAAUUGUGGAAUGAGCGAGGGCAGCUGAUCAAGACUUUGGCAGGUCACGAUACUUGGAUUCGAGGGUUGGCCUUCCAUCCUGGGGGAAAGUAUCUCUUGAGCGUCAGUGAUGAUAAAACCAUCCGAUGCUGGGAUUUGUCCCAAGAUGGGCGAUUAGUGAAGACGGUUAAAGGAGCCUCUCACUUCUUGAGUUGUAUUCGCUGGGGGCCCAUUUUAAAACAGUCUGGAGGGACUUCACAUGUGCUCGCUAUUGGGAGUGCAGACUCUAGUGUGCGCGUGUGGAUGUGA